GCCCCCGCCAAGCCCAACUCGACGGCAUCAUGGCGACCUACUACGAGAUCCUACAGGUGGGAGAGCAGGCCACCGAUCAUGAUAUCAAACAGGCAUACCGCAAGCUGGCGAUCAAAUGGCACCCUGACAAGAACAAAGAUCCCCAGGCUGAAGGCAUGUUCAAGAAGAUCGGGGAAGCGUAUCAGGUGUUGAGCGACCAGACCAAGCGGGACGAGUACGACUAUGCUCGAAAAUACGGGAACGGUCGUCCAGGGUCGCGGGGGGGGCGAGGGGGUUCGACUGCGGCGUUUUACACGGACGACACUUUCCAACCGUUCAGUUUCUUCGACGCUCAAGACCUGUUUCGCGCGUUUUUCGGCGGCGACGACCCAUUUGCGCAAAUGCAUCAACGCAGGUCUCGCGGAUCUGACCCCUUUACCCGUGGAAGCAUGUUGGACGAUCUGUUUGACGAUUCUCACAUGGGUGGCAGUGCCUUUGGUGGCUUUGGUGGGUUUGGGGGCUUUGGCAACAUCGUUAUGAGCUCCAGUUCGUUCGGCAAUGGUAUGAUGCUCAGCAGCAGCACGUCCAGCAGUUCCUCAAGCGUCCGCGAUCGCAACGGUCAAGUGGUCACAAAGACAACGUCCACCAUCCACCACGCGGAUGGCCGCGUUGAAACAAAGUCGGACGAGUACGUCAAUGGCAAACUGACGCAGUCCACUAGCAACAUCGCCCCCGCGUCCAAGCGACUGGCUGGUGCAGGGCGCAUGCAGAUGCAGCUCGGGGACCGCCGUCGGUCCGAUUUCUAUUGACGAACAUAGUUUCACACGUUGAAAUGUCCCAUUCAUGCAACCUAUACAAAGAAGUACUACUGUAGUUUCCAAUUGAUUGAUUGUACCACUCACAGACGUACUGUACAUUGAGUUUUUCAUCCUUCAAAGUUACCGCUACUACGUCCUUCUCAUUAUUGCUCAUAUCCAGUAGUAAUAAGUAGUAGCGCC